AUGUUGAAGGAGUUGAACCAGCAACGCAGAGCGAAAGAGUUUACAGACCUGAAAAUUAUUGUUGAAGGCAAAGAGUUUGAAGUCCACCAAAAUGUUCUAGCUUCCUGCAGCUUGUAUUUCAAGGACCUGAUUAAAAGGUCACCACGGGACAGUAGCAGAAGCGGGGAGAAGCUGGAAUUGGCCAUGUCCAACCUCACUGCGGAUGUCCUGGAAUUACUCCUGGAGUUUGUUUAUACAGGUUCUCUGAUCAUAGAUUCAGCCAAUGCAAAAACCCUACUGGAAGCUGCCAGCAAGUUCCAGUUUCAUACUUUCUGUAAAGUCUGCGUUUCGUUUCUAGAAAAACAGCUGACUGCUAGCAACUGCUUAGGAAUAUUAGCCAUGGCUGAAGCCAUGCAGUGCACUGAACUAUACAACAUGGCCAAAGCGUAUGCCCUGCAAAUUUUCCCAGAGGUGGCAAACCAAGAAGAGAUCCUUAAUAUCUCAAAAGAUGACUUUAUUUCCUACAUGUCCAAUGACAGCCUGAACACCAAAGCAGAGGAACUGGUGUAUGAAACAGUGAUAAAAUGGAUUAAGAAGGACGCUGCAAUCAGAGCUCAGUAUGCUGCAGAGUUGCUGGCAGUGGUGCGCCUCCCCUUCAUCCAUCCCAGCUAUCUGCUAAAUGUUGUUGACAACGAAGAGUUGAUAAAGUCUUCAGAGGCUUGCCGAGAUCUAGUGAAUGAAGCCAAACGUUACCACAUGCUGCCGCAUGCCCGACAAGAGAUGCAGACACCAAGGACCCGGCCCAGGCUCUCUGCAGGUGUAGCCGAGGUAAUAGUCUUAGUUGGGGGUCGUCAGAUGAUUGGCAUGAAUCAGCGUGCUUUAACAGCGGUCACUUGCUUAAAUCCUCAAAACAACAAGUGGUACCCAUUGGCCAGCCUGCCCUUCUACGAUCGAGAGUUUUUCAGUGUGGUCAGCGCUGGGGACAACAUCUAUCUCUCAGGCGGCAUGGAGUCGGGUGUCACGCUCGCUGAUGUCUGGUGUUACAUGUCCUUGCUCGAUAACUGGAACCUCGUGUCCCGCAUGACAGUCCCAAGGUGUCGGCAUAACAGUCUGGUGUACGAUGGGAAAAUUUAUACCAUUGGAGGGGUCGGUGUGGCAGGCAACGUUGACCAUGUGGAAAGGUACGAUACGAUAACCAACCAGUGGGAGACCAUCGCUCCUCUGCCAAAGGCCGUCCAUUCAGCCGCUGCAACUGUCUGUGGUGGGAAGAUCUACGUCUUUGGUGGGGUGAAUGAAGCCGGCCGAGCUGCGGGGGUCUUGCAGUCCUACAUCCCUCAGACUAAUUCAUGGAGUUUCAUAGAGUCUCCCAUGAUCGAUAACAAAUACGCUCCUGCAGUCACUCUCAAUGGGUUCAUCUUUAUUCUUGGAGGAGCGUAUGCACGAGCAACCACCAUCUAUGACCCAGAGAAAGGCAAUAUUAAAGCAGGUCCCAACAUGAACCACUCCAGGCAGUUCUGCAGUGCUGUGGUUCUGGAUGGAAAAAUAUAUGCCACUGGUGGGAUCGUUAGCAGCGAAGGACCUGCCCUGGGAAACAUGGAAGCCUACGACCCUAAAACAAACACGUGGACACUUCUACCAAAUAUGCCCUGCCCUGUUUUUCGACACGGCUGCGUAGCAAUCAAGAAGUACAUCCAGAGCGGCUGAUGUUACCCAGGAGUUGGAUGGAGAACUGUUUGUACCUGUUGAAAGCAGGCAAGAAGGAUACUACUACUUAAGAAACGAAAGCAGCAAAGCCAGCCAGUGAACAUAUUGCUCUAAAGUCUUGAAUAGUGUCUACAUUGAAUGUAGAAAAAUCAUCCUCACCUUUUGGUGAACAAGGAGCAGAGAGCUCCGUGCUAUGUAAGAUAAUUGUAACUUAAUAGUAC